AUGCCACCAAGGAAUGGUUCCGUGGAACAAGUCCUGCAGCUGACCUGCGCCGCCCUUUCGCCUACCGAUCCUUGCUUCUUGCUCUCUUCCGUACACAGUAUGACUCGCUCCUAUCAAGACCGGCUUCUCCACCGCGCUGACCUCGUCGGAUAUAUCUACCGCACGACUGUUCCCCACUUUCGUUCACCCGGCGUCUCGCCAGUCCUGCUUUUCAAGUCCUCAACCAUGGUCUUGCCUCUCCCUAGAGCGUCUCGGCCAGCUGAUGAGAUUAAUUUUGAAGCGCCCCCUCUUCUCGCCAACAUCCCCUUCAAGUUCGGUACCAUAUCAUUGAUCGUGGAUAAGCGCUUUCUACCCAACGCCGCCCCUCCCAUCCCGUUUCACCAGGUUGUUGACUGCCUGCCAGCACGACGUAAGACAUCAUGA